UCUUGGUAGCAUUGAGGAGGUGCAAAGUGUAUUAAUCCUUGUAUUUUUCAUACUUUGGAAAAUUAUUUCUUUCUCAUUCACAUUUUGGAAAUUAGAGAACCAGAAGAAUGAAAUCAGGCGCGAACUCAUCUUCACGAAAUUUUAGAAUUUUAAGGUCCAUUUAUUUUGAGAGUGAGGACAAAAGAAAAAGGAAAAAGGAAACUGGAACAAGACAAUAUAUAAAUUUAACCCCCUUUUUUUGUUUCAAGAAAAAAGGGCAGCAGAAGCGAAUUUGUGCAAGAUUCUCUCUUUUAUCGUACCCUUUGCCCCAAGACUAAAGACGGAAGGGGCAGAGGUCUACGAUGGCAAACCAAUCAGAGAAAUUUUCUGUAGAUUUUAUGAUGGGAGGGGCUGCAGCUGUUGUGGCAAAAAGUGCUGCAGCUCCAAUUGAGAGAGUGAAGCUUUUGUUGCAGAAUCAGGGGGAGUUAAUGAAGAGAGGACAGCUUCAAAGACCCUAUGUUGGCAUUGGUGAUUGCUUCAGGAGGGUUUUCAGAGAGGAGGGUGUUUCCUCCUUCUGGAGGGGCAACCAGGCCAAUGUUAUAAGAUAUUUUCCAACUCAGGCUUUCAACUUCGCAUUUAAGGGUUACUACAAAAGCCUCUUUGGAUGUUCAAAGGAGAAAGAUGGAUACUGUAAGUGGUUUGCUGGAAAUGUUGCUUCUGGAAGUGCUGCAGGAGCCACCACCUCAUUAUUUCUUUAUCACCUGGAUUAUGCACGAACUCGUUUGGGCACAGAUGCUAGGGAGUGCCCCAUCAGUGGGAAACGGCAAUUUAAUGGGCUAAUAGAUGUUUACCGUAAAACCUUGUCUACUGAUGGAAUUGCCGGUCUCUAUCGAGGAUUUGGGGUCUCAAUAUUUGGAAUUACUCUUUACCGAGGAAUGUACUUUGGUAUCUAUGACACCAUGAAACCUAUUGUUUUGGUUGGACCAAUUCAGGACAACUUUUUAGCUAGCUUUUUCUUGGGGUGGAGUGUGACCACUGUUUCUGGAGUCUGUGCCUAUCCGUUUGACACUCUACGGCGGAGAAUGAUGCUAACUUCUGGACAACCAUUGAAGUAUCGCAGUGCCAUGGAUGCAUUCCUUCAAAUUAUUCGCACUGAAGGUUUUGCAGCGCUGUUUAGAGGAGUUACAGCUAAUAUGCUACUUGGUGUGGCUGGGGCUGGAGUACUUGCUGGAUAUGAUCAACUGUACAGAAUUGUAUAUAGACCUCAUUAUAGCUUCAACUCUCAGAAAGCCUUCAAAUAAGUAAUGUGAAGACUGUUAUGAUAGUUGUUUCACAGUGUUGAUACUAAUUAAGUGAAGCGUAAAUGGUUAUUAAAAAACACAGAAAGAAGUCAUGUGCAGUGUUGGACAACAGCAAGGACAGGUAAAGAAAGAACGUGUACAGAGUAUAGACAAACCAAGAUAGCUGCUCAGGGAAAAAUGGAAGAUUUGAAUAUCUCCAUAUCCAUAGCACCCAAGUUAAGAAAACAGGUAUUUGUUGGCAGAUACAGACGUUAUAAUCAGCAGCCAGAAUAAGGUGGCGUGAUGGGUGCACAGCUACAGCAGGCUUAUGAAACUUAUUCAAUUUCUUAUUUAAGUGGACAGAAGUCUCCUGGCUAGUUCAUAUUUGGCAACUUGGUCAUCUAUGCCAAAGCAUAGAUGAGAACAUGUAAUAAAGAAAAAAAUAAGUUUUGUAUCAUCUGUACAGUUCAUUUAAUGCAAAUAUUCAUUUCACACACCAUUUGGAUUUAACUUCAGAUUUGUUGUCACAAGAAUUCAAAUUUCUAGAUAUUCAUUUUUGGUCAUUGUACUGAUAUGAAGUUAUUGUUAACAGUGACAUGUGAGAUUUGCUAAUGUCAGAAGAAGCAUUCUUCCAUUUUUAUUACAAUUUUUUUGGCAGUUUAUGAUUCUCCAUUGCAGCAAGAGGAUGCAGAAUUGCCUAGAAAGCUUUUAUGAUAUGAGAAGUGGCACUAUUUUGCUGCUUUGAUGUGGUAAGCUUUUUAUUAACUACUCUUUCCUGUUCUUACCAUUGAACCUGACUAAUUGAGGUGCCAAA